AUGGUGCAGGUCUUGCUCACUGCUUUCCGCGCGGCGACGCGACGUACUAUUGCUGUCAAAGGUGAAGUUACUCGUAGCGUGCUACAGCUGCAAAAAUCCCUCUACACAACACAAUCCAGCGUGUACACGUGGGGCAAUGGUACACUAGGUCAGCUUGGUCAUGGACCGGUAAUCAAGUCAGGCAUGCGUAAUGCUUACGAAGAGCUGACACCUAAAUUGGUUGAAGCUCUAGAGGGAAAAGCUAUCACCUUUGUCGAUUUCGGUGCAAGCCACAGCGCUGCCAUUGAUGAAACUGGCAAACUUUAUGUAUGGGGAAGUAACGAAUACGGUAAGUUAGGCCUCGGUGAGAGCAGCGAGAUCGAAGUUCUCCCUCGUGAGGUAGAAGCGCUUCGAGGCGUCAAAAUUGUGGAUGUUUCUUGUGGUGACUACUUUACCGCGGCCGUGGAUGAAGACGGCAAGAUGUACUCGUGGGGAUGGGGAGGAUCCACUAUGAAGGGAGCUGGUGGUCUUGGCCACGCUGGUGGAAAGGAUGAGCCUUUGCCUCGAUUAUUGACGACACUGGUCGAUCAGGGUGUACCUAUGGCAACAGUGGAAUGUGGUGAGUUCCAUACGGUUGCACUUACGAAAGACGGAGAGAUAUGGGCUUGGGGAAAUGGCGAGUACGGCCGUCUGGGCAACGGCGAGUCAGACACUUGUGAGGUGCCCGAGCCUAUUGAAUUCUUCUCAGAGGAUAAUAUUGUAUCGAUUGCUGCUGGACGGGAUUUUUCAUUUGCUCUGACAGACAAGGGCGAGCUAUACAGCUGGGGAGGCAAUAGUCAUAAUCAAUUGGGUAUCGGCGGUGGUCUUGCAAUGGAUGUAUACAACAUCGAGUCGAUUCCUGUGCUGAUUGAAGCGUUUGACGGUGUCACUGUAAAGCAGAUUGCGGCGGGCUACGACCACGCUGCCGCUGUGACAGCGGACGGACGGUUGUAUAUGUGGGGAGCUAAGAUCUGGAUUGAACCACACGAAAUGACAGCCGUGAACGAUCAUAAUAUAGUACAGGUGGCUUGCGGGCGACAGUACACAGCGGCAUUGACUGACACCGGUAAAGUUUUUACUUUCGGUAAGGGUAGCUCUAAUUGUUUGGGCCAUGGCGAUCGCAAGAACCAGCUACAACCUGUGCAUAUUCAGGCUCUGGCCGGUGUUCAGAUUACCUCGGUCUCGUGCGGCGACUACCAUAUGGGCGCAAUUGCGAGACCUCACGCUGAGGCUGCAGACACUGACUUUUCUUUACGGGAGUAG